AUGCCAGCACAUUCUUCUCUUCGCCAUCCAAAGAAGACACUCAUGAAGGCAUCGUCCUUUGACAUCCUCCGCCAGCUCUCGUUUGAUCAAGAGAAUGUCUUCAAUUCUGGUAGUCCUAAGCGACCUGCCUCGUCUGGCAACUUGAUUGCCCAGAGUGCCAAGUGUGCUGAACGUGAAAGCUCACUUGCCUUUCAAGUUGGAAAUGCCAACAAUGAUGACGUGUUUACUGAUAUACCAAACCCAGGAACGGAGUGCAAGGCUUCAUCCUCAAUGGAAGCGAAAGAUAGUGUUGAAGAGGCCUCAAACGGGAGCGAAGAACAGGUGUCGCAAACGGAUGGUAGCUGGUCUUUGGUUCCUCGCGAGCCUCUUCAAAUUGAUGCCCAGAAUAUUUAUCCAUCAUCAGCCUGCGUAUUUGUCGCCAAUCUAACUCAAGCCUUUGACGACCGAAAGCUGGAAAUCGAAGUCACUAAGUACUUCUCGCAGUUUGGAACAGUCUUUGUCAAGAUCCGUCGAGAUAGUCGUCAGAUGCCGUUUGCUUUUUGUCAAUUCACGUGCGAUACUGACGCGGAGAAUGCUGGAAAACACGGAAACGGUGCUGUCAUACUCGGUCGCCCUUGUCGCGUCGAAAAGGCCACCGCUAAUUCAUGCUUUAUCGUGUAUAAGCUCUCUGGAGCUGGAACGACCAAACAAGAAGCUAUAGACCUUCUUGGUGUCCUAGGACCAAUAGCUAAGGCAUACCCUCUGGAUCUCAACAGCCACAAGACAGAGAAUUUCCCGCCUGCGAUUGUCGUUCACUACAAACGCUAUGACUCUUCGCGAUCUGUAACAAAGACUUUUGAAGGCCACCCCGUCUUUCGUGUUGACGCAUACGACCCCAAGGCUGAGAUUCGGCAGCAGCACAAGAAAAGCGAUCAGCAGAGCUAUGCCCAAUACGAGAAAGACCGUCGAUCGGCAUAUUUUGGCAACUUGCCCUUGAAUAUGACGGCGGAUGUUUUGAAGUCUCUAGCAAGCCAGUGUGGCAAAGUGCUCUGUGCUGAAGUUGCGACAAAAGAAAUUCCCCAAGCUGGUGAUAGGACUACUACAACAUGUUUUGGAUUUGUAGAAUUUGUCCGGCCCGAUUCUAUUGACAACGCUAUCAUGAAUUAUCACCGCAAGCCUAUUGAUGGAAAUAUCAUCAAAGUUGAGAGGAAGCGUACGAGAAUGUUCAAUGGGCCAACUUACGGUACCAAUGGCUCUCAAAGAGGAAUACUCGUUGGCAUUCCGUCCACUUGGCAUGGGAGCAAAGGGGGCAAUCAACAUGGACGUGGCAACCGUAUCAUGACUGCUAACACUUUCAUUCCUCCAAUUACAGGGCUAUCGGCAACAUAUCGUCCAGCCGUGGCUGACAAUGAGGAGGAUAACAACGUCUCUCCUACAAGGCUAGAUGGAUCUUACCCUCUUCUUCGAACAAAUGCCGGACGGUAUACCCACUCUACCGUUGCCAGACCAACAGUCAGCGGUGAAAGUUCUGCUACCUUUGUUAGCUUCCCAAUCAACUCGAAGAAUAGCUCCACUGGCCAGCUACCGGCGAUUGGCUAUGUCAAGGAGACUGAGCCUGAAGAAGUAGAAGGACGCAUCACCAUCAAGGGCAAAGAUGAAAUGCGACAGGAGAAUUCGAGUGACAACGUCGAAGCCAGAGAGGAAGAAACAGGACCAAAGGCUAUCCAAACCACUCAUGAGCCAGAAUUUUGUCCACAUGACAGUUACCGAAGCAAGUCAGAUGAGCAUCUCUGCGAUUCUAAGGGCGUCGAAUCUGUGAAUAGUGCGACAAAUGACGGCCAUAAAACUCUGGAAACUCCAACAAAGUCUCCGAUAAAGACUACUGCAGAGCCUUCUCCGGCGUAUAGUGUUGAGUCAGCGGCAUCUUGCUUCUACCCAAUCAUUCAGCCUUAUACCUAUUCGCCUUAUGGAUUUCACCCACUCCAAUCAUUGAUGGCUCAUCCCAUGACGCCUCAGGGUGGUCCUCUUAUGUACAACUCGUUCGGACAGUCGUACUACAGCCCCGCACCAUAUUCCGAUAUGUUCACUAUGUAUCCAUUGAUGCAACGAUAUCCAACUGCUGCGGUGGAAACUCCUACUUGCGCUUCCACUUCAUCUCACGGCGUCGGAAAUUUACAGGAAGAGUGCCUGAAUGAAGCAUAUGGAAUGUCUCCAAAGUGCGGUCAAAAUACCAGUGGAGAAGACAAGGGAAAAGCUAACUGA